GAUUGCUGCUUUAUUUCCUUGUGUCUCACCUUUGGCUAUCAACUUCCUAUCUAUUGCAAUUUUCAGGGGAUGAUAUCAAAACAAAAAUGUUCGACUGUGGUUACAAAUCACAAUACAUUGAAGGCCAGAAGGAGAAAUUUGUAAGGUUGGAGGAGUCAAGUCCAAGGGUAUCAUUUGCCUCUGAAGCAGACAGAAUGAACAAAUGUGGGUUUCACAUUCAGGGACUUGGUCAAAAGUCUCAUAAUCCUUCUAAAUCUUUUAAGAAAGGAGUGAUGAGGGGAUCAGGAGGGCUAAUAUCAAUCGGCCGUUCCCUCCGAUCUGGUGUUUCUAGAGCAGUUUUCUCUGAAGAUCUCAAGACAUCAGAGAAAAAAAUAUUUAAUCCUCAAGAUCCAUUUCUCCUUAAAAUGAACAAUAUAUUUGUGGCAUCAUGCUUUCUAGCUGUAGCAGUAGAUCCAUUGUUCUUCUAUCUCCCUAUAACUGACCCAGAAUCCAGCUGCCUUGGUAUAGACCACCAUUUAGCAACUAGAUCUACAGCAUUGCGGACACUUGUCGAUGCCUUCUAUCUCAUUCGUAUGGCUAUUCAGUUUCGCACUGCUUACAUUGCUCCUUCAUCCCGUGUUUUUGGUAGAGGCGAGCUUGUGAUCGACCCUACGCAGAUAGCGUUUCAAUACUUACAAUGCUACUUCAUCAUUGAUUUUCUUGCGGUGUUACCACUUCCUCAGAUUGUGGUUUGGAGUUACCUUAAUGGUUCAAAGAAUUCGAGUUCAUUAGAUAUAAAGAAUUCAUUAUUAUUCAUCAUCACAUUUCAGUAUAUACCAAGGAUGGUUAGAACUUUUCCUUUGACAACAGAAUUGAAAAGAACUGCUGGCAUCUUUGCUGAAACUGCUUGGGCUGGUGCAGUGUAUUAUCUACUAUGGUAUAUGCUUGCUGGUCAUGUAGUUGGUGCUUUCUGGUACUUAUUAUCAGUAAACCGUGAAAAUGACUGCUGGCAAACAGCUUGCAAGAUGUUUGAAGGAUGUGACGUGAACUAUUUGUAUUGUGGCAAUGAAUAUCUUGAUGGCUAUGAUCUAUGGCUCAAUGCCAGCAAGACAGCCCUUGAUCAGCACUGCUCAGUAUCAGAUGACAAUGCAGAAUUCAACUUUGGAAUUUACACACAGUGUUUAACAUCCGGAAUUGUUUCGUCCACUUACUCCAUCUCCAAACUUUGCUAUUGCUUAUGUUGGGGCUUGCAAAACCUUAGUACCCUUGGCCAAGGUCUUAUAACAAGCACUUAUCCAGGAGAGGUCAUAUUCUCCAUAUCCCUUGCUAUAUUUGGACUUAUUCUCUUUUCACUACUAAUUGGAAAUAUGCAGACUUUUCUUCAGUCACUGACACUAAGACUCGAAGAGAUGAGAUUGAAAAGGCGCGAUUCAGAGCAGUGGAUGCACCAUCGCUUGUUGCCACAAGAACUCCGAGAGCGUGUUCGGAGGUACGACCAAUACAAAUGGUUAGAGACAAGAGGAGUAGAUGAAGAAAGCUUAGUUCAAAAUCUACCCAAGGACCUCAGACGAGACAUCAAGCGCCAUCUUUGUUUAGGUUUGGUCAGAAGGGUGACUCUGUUUGCCAACAUGGACGAGAGGCUGCUCGAGGCGAUAUGUGAAAGGCUCAAACCAAGUCUAUACACAGAGUGGACCUACGUCGCAAGAGAAGGCGAUCCAGUUGACGAAAUGCUCUUCAUAAUCCGUGGCCGAUUGGAGAGUGUGACCACAGAUGGUGGCAGAAGUGGGUUCUUCAACAGGAGCAUACUGAAGGAAGGUGACUUCUGCGGCGAAGAGCUGUUGACGUGGGCUUUGGAUCCCAAGUCCGGAUCCAGCCUUCCAUCCUCCACCAGGACUGUGAGAGCCUUGUCAGAGGUAGAAGCCUUUGCAUUGAUUGCAGAUGAACUGAAGUUUGUGGCAGGCCAGUUCAGGAGGCUCCACAGCAGGCAGCUGCAGCACACCUUCAGAUUCUACUCGCAGCAGUGGAGGACAUGGGCAGCCUGCUUCAUCCAAGCUGCAUGGAGGCGCUACUCGAAGAGGAAGGCGGCCGAGCUCCGGCGGAGGGAGGAAAUGGCUGAGAUGGUCGGCUUUGGUGCUCCCAGUCUUGGUGCAGCCAUCUACGCCUCUCGGUUCGCAGCCAACAUGCUUAAAGGAGUUUAUAGGAAGCGGAGUAUCAGUGCCAUGAACAUAGUGCCAUUGCCCAAGCCUCAUGAGCCAGAUUUUGGUGCAGAAGAUGGCUAGUGAUUUGUCAUUGUAGACAGAAUCUCUUUGGAAGAAAUUCUAUAUGAGCAUCAAAAACACAUAGGAGAGAAGAAAUAAAAAUAUUUUAUUUCUUGAUUAAACUUCCAUUUCUUAUUGAAAUACUUGAUCAA